AUGCAAAAGUCAUCCGGGACGGAUUCCCCGACCCGUAAUAUCUUCGGUGAAACAAAACCAUCCAGGCGCCAGAUUUCCAAUGGUUCAGUAGGAUCUCCGGGUCGGGCCCCAUUGGGCAGUAACAAGCCUAGGAGGAAGAAGAAUUCAAUUCUCGAAUCUUCGACCCGGGAACUAUCGACCCAACCGAGGAGGCUCAAGAAUUCAAGUCUUGGGUCGGAGUCUCCCCAACAAGAACCACCAUUCGGCCAUGUAAUGAAGAACCAAGAGAAGGGUCCGGAUCCAGUUUUGGAAGCCUAUGAAGGGAAUGAAUGUGACGAGAUUUCAAGAAGAAUUCGUGGGUUGUAA